ACCACAUCCAGCUGAGCAGACUUCAGGAAAACCAUUCAGCAGACUUCAAGAGAGAUGAAUCAAAUGGCCCGGCUUUAAAAAACCUUACCUGGCGCAGAGUAGCACCCAUUCCCAAGAUGCUGGCACCCUACCUUCUGAGAAGAGUGGUCCUUGCAGUUCCUUUAGUUUUUGUGGUUGCACUGCUUCUCGCAGAGCCUGUUAGGUCUGAUCAAGAAGCGGGAACAGCCAUACCAGCUGAAAGUCGUCCCUGUGUUGACUGCCAUGCAUUUGAGUUCAUGCAGAGGGCUCUGCAGGAUUUAAAGAAGACGGCAUAUAAUCUAGACACGAGGACAGAAACUCUGCUUCUUCAGGUGGAAAAGAGAAAUCUGUGUGACUGUGUAACUGCGAAUCUGCUGAACUGAACCCCGGAGGCCAGCUAAGGAGUGUCGCCGGCUCAGCAGU